GAGCCCUCGGUACCACUACCACUACCGGAGCCAUCGCUUCGACUACCAGUUCAGAAGCCAUCGCUUCGACUACCACUACUGGAGCCAUCACUUCGACCACCACCACUGGGGCCAUCACUUCGACCACCACCACUGGAGCCAUCACUUCGACCACCACCACUGGGGCCAUCACUUCGACCACCACCACUGGAGCCAUCACUUCGACCACCACCACUGGGGCUAUCACUUCGACCACCACCACUGGGGCCAUCGCUUCGACUACCACCACUGGGGCCAUCGCUUCGACUACCACCACUGGGGCCAUCGCGUCGAGUGCCUCUACUGGGGCCAUCUCGUCGAGUACCUCUACUGAGGCCAUCGCUUCGACCACCACCACUGGGGCCAUCGCAUCGAGUACCUCUACUGGGGCUCUCGCUUCGACUACCAGUACAGAAGCUAUCACUUCGACUACCACCACUGGAGCCAUCACUUCGACCACCACCACUGGGGCCAUCGCUUCGACUACCACCACUGGGGCCAUCUCGUCGAGUGCCUCUACUGGGGCCAUCUCGUCGAGUACCUCUACUGGGGCCAUCGCUUCGACCACCACCACUGGGGCCAUCGCAUCGAGUACCUCUACUGGGGCUCUCGCUUCGACUACCAGUACAGAAGCUAUCGCUUCGACUACCACUACUGGGGCCAUCACUUCGACCACCACCACUGGGGCCAUCGCUUCGACCACCACCACUGGGCCCAUCGCUUCGACUACCACCACUGGGGCCAUCGCGUCGAGUGCCUCUACUGGGGCCAUCUCGUCGAGUACCUCUACUGGGGCCAUCGCUUCGACCACCACCACUGGGGCCAUCUCGUCGAGUACCUCUACUGGGGCCAUCUCGUCGAGUACCUCUACUGGGGCCAUUGCCUCGAGUACCUCUACUGGGGCCAUCGCGUCGAGUACCUCUACUGGGGCCAUCGCGUCGAGUACCUCUACUGGGGCCAUCGCAUCGACUACCACCACUAGGGCCGUCGCAUCGAGUACCUCUACUGGGGCCAUCGCGUCGA